AAGAGGAAGAAGAAGAAGAAGAAGACAGAAGCAACAAUCAUGAUAACCAGGGCUAGAUGUGUCACCUGGAGGAUACCAGCGAUCAAUCCAUUUAGGACUUAUGUUCAGAGUCAGAGUCAUCCAAUCAGUGUUUGCGAAGACGAAGUUGGACAACAAGAACGAUUUCUUGAAGAGUACAAGAUAAGGAGUCUUCUCGAACGGCCAAUCGUUCAAUAUUCUCAGAAACCUUUGCCUAAAUUCUCAUUGAAACAGUUGUAUCGUCAACUGGAGAAGUUGACUAGCAACACAAUUUUGAAGAAUGCCUACGAUACAGUUGAGCAUUUGCUUAUAUAUAAUGCCAGAAGAUUAAAGGAAUUUAGAAAGUUGCCCUAUUUGGUGGUGCUUAAUCCUUCUAUAUCUGAAUCGUACGACACUUAUUUACACACCAUGUCAUCAUUACUUCGUGCUUCCUUGUACCCUCCCCAUACAUUAAAGGAGAAUGAAGAAUUCGCUGAACAAGUCUUGACUGAGUUUAUUGAUGUUCAUGCCGAUACAUUGCCCAGUUUAUCCAAGGGCUUCAGCGAAGUCAGCAAUUUGUUAACCCACCAGCAGAUUAAAGAGUUUUUAGAUGAUCAUUUACGAGAAAGAAUCAGUAUGAGACUAAUAGCUCAUCAACAUCUUGAAUUGACCAAGUCUAUAAACAACCCGGACAGAUAUGUUCCUGGAGGGAAAUACAACGGAGUAAUCAAGAUGUUGAAUAUCCCCGACGUGAUUAAGAAGAAUGCCGAUAUCGUCAAUGAUAUCACCAUGUUAAAGUAUGACCAAGCAGUCAAGGUGCAAAUUGAUUCAAACCAGUACCAAGGAAACUAUUGGAGUCAACUGGAACCAACCCUUGAAAUAAACCAAGAGUUGACGUUUCCUUAUAUUGAAUACCACCUUGAUUAUAUCCUUAUGGAACUAUUCAAGAAUUCAUUUAGAGCGCAUAUAGAGAAUAAAGUGGACCAACCGGUGCAAGUCACUAUUUCCAUUUCCAGAAACCCCUUGUUCCUUGAGUUGAGAAUUCGAGAUCGUGGUAAGGGGAUCCCCACCAAGGCAUACAAACAUAUCUUUGACUAUUCAUACACCACGUAUGAAUCAGGCGAAGGAGAAGCCAACAAGACAUUGAAUGUUCCACCAGGGUUGGGUGGUAACACCGUAGCUGGGAUGGGGUAUGGAUUACCCUUGCUGAAACAAUACAUUGAGAUUUUCAAUGAUACGUUGGUCCCCAAUGAUGAUGAUUGGGAAGUAGAAAUCCCACCAACCAAGGGCCUGUUGACGGUACAGACUUAUAAUGGAUGGGGUACCGAUGUGUAUUUAAAGACUGUAGGGUAUUAGCUAAAUAUUAAAUAGAUAGACUUUUGAUUGCUAGAUGUAGUACUGCCCAGACCCCCGCCAAUGUGGAAGUGACUCAACCUUUCCAUGGAUGGCGGAAUAAGAAAGGUUGAGCCCUUACACACAGGUAAGCGUGUCAAUAAUGGGAACUGUUGACUUGACAACGUUGAUGUGUUGUUGACAUUUUCAAGCGAAAAUGUGACGAUGGAUUGAUCGAUCGAUUGAU